AGCACAGGAAAGGGACGUAAUUUCUGGAACUGCGCAGAGCUUGGCCGGAAGGAAGUGGUGUUAGCUGACUGACGUUAGCGAGCUCCGAUUACAAAGUCUGUUGCGGGUUCUAUGGAAGAGAUGUCAGGAGAUAGUGUGGCGAGCUCUGCAGUGCCAGCAGCUACAACCAGGACUACUUCUUUUAAGGGUUCCAGCCCCAGCUCAAAAUAUGUGAAGUUAAAUGUUGGUGGGGGACUUUACUACACUACAAUGCAGACACUAACCAAACAGGAUACAAUGCUAAAAGCCAUGUUCAGUGGCAGGAUGGAGGUCCUUACAGACAGCGAAGGUUGGAUUUUGAUCGAUCGCUGUGGCAAACAUUUUGGAACAAUCCUUAACUACCUUAGAGACGGGGCAGUGCCACUCCCUGACAGCCGACGGGAAACAGAGGAACUUCUGGCUGAGGCCAAGUAUUAUCUUGUACAAGGCCUAGCCGAUGAAUGUACGGCUGCUUUGCAGAACAAAGAAACUUAUGAGCCCCUUUGUAAAGUGCCUCUGAUGACCUCCUCUAAGGAAGAACAGAAGCUUAUUGCGACUUCUAAUAAGCCCACUGUCAAACUGCUGUAUAAUAGAAGCAACAACAAGUAUUCAUAUACCAGCAAUUCUGAUGACAACAUGCUGAAAAAUAUUGAACUGUUUGACAAGUUGUCUUUGCGGUUCAACGGGCGAGUACUUUUCAUCAAGGACGUGAUUGGAGAUGAGAUCUGUUGUUGGUCAUUUUAUGGACAGGGGCGUAAGAUUGCUGAAGUCUGCUGCACCUCAAUUGUUUAUGCUACAGAAAAGAAGCAGACAAAGGUUGAGUUUCCUGAGGCACGGAUAUAUGAGGAAACCCUCAACAUCCUACUCUACGAGUCUCAUGAUGGUAGGGGUCCAGACAAUGCUCUACUGGAGGCCACAGGGGGCGCUGCGGGACGAUCGAGUCAUCUGGACGAGGACGAUGAGCGAGAACGAAUCGAGCGAGUUCGUAGGAUUCACAUCAAAAGACCAGAUGACCGCACACACCACCACCAGUGACCUUCAUUCCCCGGCCUGUCAGCCUGUGUCUCUGCCCCUGGAAAGUCUUUGCACUAUGCUUGUGCCUUACAACACCCUAUGCCUCUCUGUCUCACUCUUAUUUUACAAGCUUCCUUUGUCGUGUGGUCUCACAGGUUUGUUAGUCGUGAAAACUUGUACCACGGUUUUCUGCUAGCCAGCAGAAGCUCUUAAACGUUAAUGUUUGCAUUCCGCACAUCUGCAUGUGAUCAGAGAAAAAAGUGAAAAAUUAAUGAGUCACUGUUAAUAUUUCUAUUGGAGGUAAUACCCAUGCCUGUAUUACAUGCAGGAGAGCAAGAAUUAUAAGCAGCUAAGAUGAUAAUUAUGUAAUUUUGCUACUCAUUGACAUGGUUUAGACGGGUCCACUGUAAAGGCAUCAGUGGAAUAGAUAAACACAGUGAGACCACAUGAUUACUAAGGUGUUUUGUAGCCUACAGAUAAUAAAAUGUUUUUUAAUUUUACUAAUUUUGAUACAGAUAUCACAGGACGCAAUGUUACAUUGUAGUGCUUCUACCAUAUUUACUUUUGACAUUUCAGCGUUUUCCCGUAACUCCAUCGUUAUUUUCUGUGGGGAGAACUUGAGCUGAGACCUGAGGUGUUAAAUGUGCUUGGGUGAUUGAAUGAUGGAUGCCGAGGCUGGAGUGAAGGACUGCAACCAGAGUGCUCCCUGGGAUGAAGGAACUUAAAGUCUACAAGCUUUUAACGGGGAUUAGACCUGUCCUGCAUCACCUCAUUCAAGCAAAUGUACUGUUUGCACAAGUAGAUUUGAGUUCAAAUAUAUUUAACAAUCAGUACGUAGGUUGUACAGAAGUGAACAUUUAUGUAUGUUUUAUAUUUAUACACGCAUUAUCAUUGAAAUAAAUUUCUACAAACAUUA